GCCUGGAGUUGGAGUUGCGGCAGAGGUUGAGGGAUAGGCCUGCAGAGCAGCGGAGCGGCAGUGGGUGGGGAAAACGGUGGGAAAGGUCGUUGCAGUUUGUGUUUCUUGCGAAGCCACUCGGGGCCGAGGCUCGGUUGAGACCGAAAGCAGGAGUUGCUCUGAUUGCCGGCAGACCAGGGUUCGGCGACGAUGCCCCUGCGAGGGACCGACAACAGGGCCGAUGUGGGGGCCGCUGGCAGCGUGUGGAGCGCACGGGGCUGAGGGUUGCUGCGGAGUCCGGGAUAAAUAUUUGGAUGACUGAAAAUGGAACAAGAUCUAAGUGAGCAGGUUUCUCCGCAGGUCAAUGAACAGCUGUUGUGCAGCGAUGAUAAUAAAGAAAAUUUGUUGAUUGACAAUUCCACAAGUGAUGCAGCAGAAACAAACCCAUUCAAUAACACAUGUCAUGAAUCCGAAACUGACUCAAAAGCCAAAGUACUGAGAGUGGAUAUAAGUACAAAAGAUGAAGUUGGAACUGCUGAGGUCGAAUUGAAGACGCAGGAGGUUGAACAGAGUAUGAAUAAUGUGACAGACCAGGGUGGAAGUGGAGAACCUUGUGCUUUAAUUGCAUUUAAAACUGAUACAGGAAAAGAAUCAGAAAUUAGGUCGGAGGAUGCUGACUGUACAGAAUUGAGUAGAAUUGUCAAUCAAAAAUACAGUCCUACAUCAGAGACAUCAAAACAGACAGAUCCUAUUAAUUGGACCAAAUGCACAUCAUCCCCCUCUAACAAAUUUGAAUCUGAAAGUCCCUUUGAUACAAAAGUAACCAAGGACCUGAUGUCCAGGAUGGAGCAAGAAUCCUCUCAGGAUGCAUUGUUGGAUGAGUUAGAAUCGGAGUUCAACAUGUUUUCAACAGAAUCCUCUGUGAGCUGCAGUUUACCCAAUGGAAUUACGAAAGAAAACGGUGCCGUAAUCAUGUUGAAUGAGUCCAUACAAAGUAAAUUUCUUCAACAAGAAAAGAAAAUAAACAAACUGAUGGAAGAAAACAGAAAACAUCAGGAAAUGAUUGUUGAGAUAUGUGCAGAGAAAGACAACUUGAAAGAUGAAUUGAAGAAACGGUCUGAAACAGAAAAGCAACACAUCACCACCAUAAAACAGAUGGAAACCCAAGUCGAAGAUCUCAUGAAGGAAAUAAAAAUGACAAAGGAGCGAUUGAUCUCUCAGGAUGCUGCUGCCAAAAAUGCCAUUCACCAGUUGCAACGAAAUGUAACUUUUCGGAUAGAACAAACAAACAAAAAAUGUGAGGAGGCUCGUCAGGAGAAAGAAGCGAUGGUAAUGAAGUACGUUAGAGGAGAGAAAGAAGCCCUUGACCUUCGAAAAGAGAAGGAAGGAAUUGAAAAAAAAUUAAGGGAUGCAAACAGAGAACUGGAGAAGUUGACAAUGAAGACCAAACAACUCUCACAAGAGAAGACAAGAUUACAGCAACUCUAUGAGGCAAAGGAAGGCGAAGCUGCAAAGCUCAACAAAGAUGUUGAAAAACUAAAAGAAGACAUCAACUCCAACAUCAUCAAAGUGAAAUGGGCUCAGAACAAAUUGAAAAGUGAAAUGGAUACACACAAGGAAACCAGAGAAAAAUUGAAGGAAGCAACAGUCAAAUUAACUCAGGCUAAAGAAGAGGCUGAACAAAUUCGAAGAAACUGUCAAGACAUCAUCAAAACCUAUCAGGAGUCGGAGGAAAUUCGAUCCAAUGAGUUGGAUGCUAAACUGCGUGAAACUAAAGGAGAACUAGAAAAACACUUACAGGAACAGUCUGAUCAAAUGGAGAUUCGCCAUGCUAAAAUAAAGGAACUUGAUGAUCUGAAAAAAACAUUCAAGGAAGGAAUGGAUGAGUUGCAUACUUUGAGAACUAAGGUAAGGUGUCUUGAGGAUGAGCGUUUGAGGACUGAAGAUGAACUGUCAAAAUAUAAAGAAAUUAUCAAUCGGCAGAAAGCAGAAUGCCAGUCUUUGCAUGAACGAGUAAAGAUUGUAAACCUCUUGGAAGAACAGCUUGAAAGAAAUGAACAAGAGCUUCAGACAUCAAAAGAGGAGGUUGACAGCCUGAACGCACUCGUUACAGAUCUGCAGGAAGACAUUGAAGGGAGUCGCAAAAAGGAAUCCGAGUUGCUUCUGUUUACAGAGAGGCUGACCAGCAAAAAUGCCCAACUUCAGUCUGAGAACAACACGUUGCAGAUGCAGCUUGACAAGCUGAAUAUUCGUGAGCGGGAGCUAAGUGUGCAACUUGAAGAGUUAGGACACACUAAUGUUGAAUUGAUGGACAGACUACAGAAAGAACAGGAACUGCGUCAGCAAGAUGUGAAAGCUCUGCAGAAUGAGGUGACCUCUGAACGGAAAGAAGUGAGUCAAUUGAAUUUACAAGUGGAAGAGCUUAAAGAUGAGCUUGUCACGCAGAAACGAAAGAAAGCGAGUAACAUUAAAGACCUCACAAAACAGCUUCAGCAAGCACGACGGCGGUUAGAGCAAAUAGACAAUGGCAGUUAUGACAGCAAGGAGGCCAGCAGCAUGGGAAGUCGUUCAAGUUCAUCAGGUAAAAGAAAAAGUUCUCUUGAUGCUCGGUGCAAUAAAGAAGAGCGAUCUCCAGAGAAUACUGGUUGUAUUGUGCAGGCCGACAGUUUCCCUGAAGUGGACAAGACUGUACUGAUAGAACGUAUUGUGCGACUGCAAAAAGCUCACGCACGUAAAAAUGAAAAAAUUGAAUUUAUGGAGGACCAUAUUAAACAGCUGGUGGAGGAAAUCCGAAAGAAAACCAGAAUCAUUCAGACAUAUGUUCUGAGGGAAGAAUCUGGUGCACUGUCCUCAGAAGCAUCUGAUUUCAAUAAGGCCCAGUUGAGCAGACGUGGAGGAAUCAUGGCUUCACUUUAUACAUCACAUCCAGCAGACAGUGGGUUAACAAUGGAGCUCUCAUUGGAAAUCAACAGGAAGUUGCAAGCUGUGCUCGAAGACACAUUGUUAAAGAAUAUAACACUAAAGGAAAACUUGCAGACGCUGGGAACAGAAAUAGAACGUCUGAUCAAGUGCCAGCAUGAAUUACAGCAGCAACUAAAGCAUUGAAUUGGCACUGAUGUCUGUUUAAGCAACUCCAUUGUGAAUUCAAGAGAACAGGUGCUGGACAGGCAAAGAACUCACAUCACUCAUGACUCGGACAAGUAUAUCUUAUCUGCAGCCUGCAAGAAGAUAAUGUUGCUUCCCCCAACAUGCAGGUUUGAAAUAUUCAGUAUGCUGCAAUGAACUGAUUUUUCUGGAACCUUACUUUCUGAAACGAAUUUUCAGUUAACAUUUCUAAAUUUCCACGUGCAUUCCUGUGAUCUGCUACAAAAAUAAUGAAAGAUGACUGCUGAACCUGCAAGCAUAGUAAUUAGUGGAUAUUGGCCAUUCUUCUGUGCUCUUUGGUCUUUAAGGAAAAAAAAGCAAUGAACAUUGUGCAUUCUUACUUGAGCAUAGUUUUUUUUUCUGACAUUUUUGGGGACUGGGGUGCAAUUAUACAGAGUGGCACCUGAUCAUUUUUUUUAGCAGACCGCUAAAGUGACUUUUAAUUUUGGAGCCAAUUUGAAUUAAUGGUAAACUGAAUUCCUACACUGCUGAGGCAAAUAAAGUGCGUACCCAUCCUGAUGUCUGCCAAAUCUUGCUUUCUUGCUUUGACACGAAAGCUUCUCCAUGACAUUUCUGCUAUUGAGCUUUCAUUUCCAUUUACAUUGCAAUAUGAAUGUAUUGUUUGGUAACCUGAACUACUGAUGCAAUUAACUGAUCCAUAAACCAAUCCAUAAAUUGGUUUAGUUAUUGAAUAAUCAAAUGUCCUUGUGAAACAAGUUUCCAAUACGAUAAUAGUAUGUUAUAAAUGCUGAUUAUUGCAGAAUAGUUCAAUUUUUAAAAUUAGAUUUUGAAAGCAGGAUGAUCAUGUUUUGUUAAAAAGGAAACUAAGAAGGUGUUCAGAGUAAUUAUGAAUUAUUUGAUUCAUAACUAGUUACCCAUUUCUUACAAAUGGUGUGCAUUCAUCAAUCCAACAACUUCAAAUUUGUCAGUCAUCUAAUCAAUACUCUUGUUUAAUCAGGAAUUUGAUGUUACCAUUGUAUGAAAGUUGACUAUUUUAUAUGAAACCAAAUUACUCCCUGCAAAAUGUAAUAGAAAUGCACUUUAAACUUAAAUUAUUGCUUUCCAAAUUGCACAGUAUGUAUCUGUUAUGGAUCAUAGUCCAUAUACCUUUUUAAUUUUUUCCACCUUUUUCAGUUUGUUUCUUUUGCAAUACAUUCAUAAUGUUGUGAAAGUGAUGUUGUAGUUUAUUCUGAAAAUUAAUUUGUAUAAUUAAGUUGUAGAUACAUUUCUGUAUAAAGAGCACAGUUUUUAAAGUGUUAAUCUAUAAUAUGUAUAUAUGGAAUACUGGAUUAAUAAAUUACAUUGUCUUAUUUUGUUAUGCUAG